GAAAUGAAGAUAGAAGAAAUAUUAGCGUUAAGUAAAGAAAUCCAUAAAGAUGCGAUACCUUCGGAUAAUAUCCAAACCCAAUACAUAGUUAUAAAUAUGUUUAAGCAGCAAAAUGAACCUGAGGAUACCAAUCCGAGGGCACACGACGGUAAAGUCUUGCCUGCAUACCGGCCUGGCACUCUCACCGUGUUCAUACAGUGUAUAAUGCUGAUGACUUUCACUAUGUUUAUGUUCACGGGGAUAUUGGUCGGAUAUAUUAUGAUAACGCCAGAUGUAAAACAAUUCAUCGCUAAGGAGGCAAUUUUUAUGAUUGCUUUAUUCUUAUUUAUAUUCUUGUUCAUAGACUAUGGGUUUGUGUGUACAGACUGUUCCAGACGUGUUCCUUGUAAUUUUUACUUUCUGUGCCUAACGGUGGUGUCAUUGAGUGUUAUUAUAGCCACAGUAAGUGCUUUAUGCGACUCAUCAGUGUUACUGUGCACUAUUUUGGCUGUUGCAGUCACUGUGCUAAUUGCUGUUUUUCUUACAUUCACAAAGACUGACUUCUCAAGUCCUUUUAUGUAUGCUGUGAUGCUGGUGACGGCGUUUUUUGCAGUAAUUCUGAUUGCUGUUAUAUUGAUAGCAACUAAAACUUAUGUUAAUCCUUUGUGGCUACUUGGAGUUAUUAUUGCCACUUUUAUACAAGUUACGAUGUUAACAAUGCAGUUGCAAACUAUACUCGGUGGUAGAACGAUCGAGCUGAAGGAAGACGACUACGCCAUCGCAUCGUUCAUGCUUUACGCGUCCGUCAUCGAUGUGUUCCUCAAAAUGCUGCAAAUUGCCGACGUGACCAGAGAUGCACGGUGA